AUGUGGGAACAUUCACAAACGAGGUCUCUAUGGAGGCCACCGAGGGCGGCCACGACGUUGCUGCUGGCGCUUACGUCGACCACGUCUGCCCUGUCAUUGGCAAACUUUCAAAUCAUCACCUCGAACGCGAUACCGUCCCCAUGUAUAGUCGCUUACAACGCACAAAUUGCGGGAUGUACGCAGACGGACUUCACCAAUGGCAACCAGUGCUCGACACUAUGUAUCAGCGGCCUGAGGGCCGAGGGCACCAUCGUCCAGGCCAUCUGUGGAGGCUUGGAUGUGAAUUCCAAGUCAUUACUGGGAUUGGUCCUUGAUGGAAAGAUUUUGGAAACCCUUUGCCCCGGAGCUGAUUCUGACACAACCACGGUCCAAGUCACGGUUCGGCCCACUACAUCAAGCAAAUCGACGACGGCGGCCACAACCUCGGUGCAAACGCUUACGACGACGAGCAGCGCAAUAGAUACCACAACCACCACAUCCACCUCUGUACAGAGCACUUCCAGUACCGCCAUUAUCAAUGUGCCAUCGUCGGACAGCUCCACGACGGAAACUAUAAUAUCGACGACCACUGCAGCGUCACAAACGACGCAAGCCACAAGCACAACGUCUAGCGACACAUCCACAUCCACCACUUCCGACACCAAGCCUCUCAAAGGAGGCGGAAGUCCUUUCGAUACAGUUAUUACAAGUCGGGCGACAAGCUUGGCACUGCCGGCCAUGAUGAUAUUGGCGCCCUUGUUAGGCGCAGCUAUGCUAAUCAUGUAA